GCAACCGGAAACGCUUAUCUUUGCUCCAUCUCUCCCUGUAUAAGGUUCACUAUUGUUGAGAUUCAUCCGUAGAGUUCGAGUUUUUCUUCCUCUUCUUCAUACGCAGGAAGGAAGAACAGUCCUCGUAUAGAUAUGGAUCCACUGCUACUUUUUGUUGGGCUGCUACUGGCCUGCCUAAACAGAACAGGGGCACAAUCAGGUGUUUGUUGUGGAAUGUCUGGUGACAAUUUACCAACUCCACAAGAAGUUGUGGAUCUCUACAAAUCACAAAACAUCUCAAGGAUGAGACUCUUUGGUCCAAACCAAGCAAUUCUCCAGGCCCUCCAAGACACCGACAUUGAACUCGUCUUGGAUAUUUUAGAAUAUGACCUAGAAGGCAUUGCAAGUAACGAUAUGUCCAUUGUAAUUGAUUGGGUCAAUACCAAUAUAAUAGCCUACUACCCUAGUGUUAGAUUCCGAUAUAUUGUUGUUGGAAAUGAAGUAAAUCCCCUUUCUAAUAGCAAUGCCCAGUUUGUUCUCCCUGCAAUGCAAAAUAUUUAUUACACACUUGCAUCACAAGGCCUAGAGAAACAAAUCAAAGUGUCCACAAUUGUUAGUGCCCAAAUCCUUGGAACCACCAACCCUCCCUCUAAUGGUUCAUUCAGGGACGAUGCAAGAUCCUAUAUAAACCCUAUUAUUGACUUCCUUGUACAAAAAGGGUCACCACUACUUGCAAAUGUAUAUCCUUACUUCAGUUACAGUGCAGACCAAGAAGGCAUCAGUCUUUCCUAUGCUUUGUUUAAAUCUCAGUCAGUUGUGGUACAAGAUGGUAAGCAUGGAUAUCGAAACCUUUUCGAUUCCAUGGUGGAUGCUUUGUAUUCAGCUCUUGAGAAGCUCGGAGCAUCCACGGUCGAGAUCGUUGUAUCGGAGAGUGGUUGGCCAACCCAAGGAGGCAGUGGAGCAUCAACAGAAAAUUCAGGGACUUACAAUUCAAAUCUGAUUCAACAUGUGAAGGGUGGCACUCCGAAAAGGCCUGGAAAAGCCAUAGAGACUUAUGUAUUUAACAUAUUUGAUGAGAACAGCUAUAACCAUUUUUGGGGUCUAUAUCUUCCUAAUAAACAACCCAAAUAUGCAUUUAAUUUCAGUUCGGCUCCUACAAUUAGGACCCCAACCGAAUCACAGAAGCCAUAUUGCCACGGCUACUAUAUCACUGUGCAUCAACCUUAUCCUCUUUAACAUCUAAUUAUUGGUGUUGUAAUUUCAUAGAUAGUAGUUACUCAAGAAAGUAAGAAAGAUGAGGACACUCUGAUAUCAUUUUGUUCCUUUUAUCUGUUAUCUUGAGACCUCUUAUUUUUAUGUUAAUGAAUUGUGGAUAGAUUAGUUACAA